CCAGCCCCACUCCCACGCGCCCCCCAGCGUCCGAGCGCCCGACAGCCGGGAGAAAAGGCACAGGUUGCUGUCGGAAGUCCCCCCUUGGCUCCCUUUCCGUUCUGCCUAACAACUUCCGCUUUGGGCCGUCAACAUGGACGCUGCGGCAGCCUGGCAGAGCGCACUCUGAUCAGUUGCGGGGGCGCAGCUUCUCUGCGGCGCCCGCCCCGCUUCCCCGCCCUCCCCCUCCCCCCGCCCCUUGCUCCAGUCCCUGGAGCCGGCGGGCUUGUCGCUACAUGGGGGCGGGCCUCCGCGGCCAGCGCACGGCUUCCUGUUCAGAGGCGGCCUGGCGGUAGUAGGCGGCGGUGGCGGCGACUCCGCCCGCGCCUACUUCGGCGCGGUGAUCGAGCGCCCGGGAGGGAGGUUCGAGGGCCGCAUCUUGUGCCGUUGCGCCAAGCCCGGCCCUGCGCCGCCAUGGCCCCAGUGCAGCUGGAGAACCACCAGCUGGUCCCGACCGGAGGCGGCGGCGGGGGCAGCGGUGGCCCGGCGUCAGCCCCGGCGCCUCCUCCUCCGGGAGCCGCCGUGGCGGCGGCCGCUGCGGCGGCGGCUAGCCCUGGCUACCGGCUAAGCACCCUCAUCGAAUUUCUGCUGCACCGGGCCUACUCGGAGCUCAUGGUGUUGACUGACCUACUGCCAAGGAAAUCUGAUGUGGAAAGGAAAAUAGAAAUAGUGCAGUUUGCUAGCCGGACACGCCAACUCUUUGUUCGAUUAUUAGCUUUAGUAAAAUGGGCUAAUAAUGCUGGCAAAGUGGAAAAAUGUGCGAUGAUCUCGAGCUUCUUAGAUCAGCAAGCCAUCCUGUUUGUGGAUACUGCUGAUCGCCUGGCCUCAUUAGCUAGAGAUGCUCUGGUCCAUGCACGCCUGCCUAGUUUUGCCAUCCCAUAUGCUAUUGAUGUACUGACUACUGGGUCUUACCCACGGCUGCCAACCUGCAUUAGGGAUAAAAUUAUUCCUCCAGACCCAAUUACCAAAAUUGAGAAACAAGCUACACUUCACCAGCUGAACCAGAUUCUUAGACAUCGGCUUGUAACCACAGAUCUUCCUCCUCAGUUAGCAAAUCUUACAGUCGCAAAUGGCCGAGUGAAGUUUCGAGUUGAAGGAGAAUUUGAAGCCACCUUGACUGUGAUGGGAGAUGACCCUGAUGUUCCCUGGCGUCUUCUCAAGCUAGAAAUUCUAGUUGAGGAUAAGGAAACAGGAGAUGGACGAGCCUUGGUUCAUAGUAUGCAGAUCAACUUUAUCCAUCAGCUGGUACAGUCUAGGCUCUUUGCUGAUGAGAAACCUCUUCAGGACAUGUACAGCUGCCUGCAUUCUUUCUGCUUAUCACUUCAGUUAGAAGUGCUACAUUCCCAAACUCUAAUGUUAAUCCGAGAGCGGUGGGGAGACCUCGUACAGGUGGAAAGGUAUCAUGCAGGAAAGUGCCUUUCCCUCUCAGUUUGGAAUCAACAGGUUCUUGGGAGAAAAACAGGGACAGCAUCUGUUCACAAAGUUACCAUUAAAAUUGAUGAGAAUGAUGUCUCCAAGCCUUUACAGAUUUUUCAUGAUCCUCCUUUGCCAGCUUCUGAUUCCAAAUUAGUAGAAAGAGCCAUGAAGAUCGAUCAUUUAUCCAUAGAAAAACUCCUGAUUGACAGUGUCCAUGCACGAGCUCAUCAGAAGCUCCAGGAACUGAAGGCCAUUCUUAGAGGCUUCAAUGCCAAUGAAAAUUCUUCCAUAGAGACUGCACUUCCAGCUCUUGUUGUUCCCAUCUUGGAGCCCUGUGGUAAUUCGGAGUGUCUACACAUUUUUGUAGAUUUGCAUUCUGGAAUGUUCCAGGUGAUGCUUUAUGGACUUGACCAGGCCACACUGGAUGACAUGGAGAAGUCUGUGAAUGAUGAUAUGAAACGGAUCAUUCCUUGGAUUCAGCAACUUAAGUUUUGGCUUGGACAACAGCGUUGCAGACAAUCUAUAAAACACUUGCCUACAAUAAGCAGUGAAACAUUGCAGCUGUCCAAUUAUUCAACCCAUCCUAUUGGAAACCUUUCUAAGAAUAAGCUGUUCAUUAAACUUACCCGUCUUCCACAGUACUACAUUGUUGUGGAGAUGUUGGAGGUUCCCAGUAAACCCACACAGCUGUCAUACAAGUACUACUUCAUGUCUGUGAAUGCUGCAGAUCGUGAAGACAGCCCUGUCAUGGCCCUCCUGCUGCAGCAGUUCAAGGAAAACAUCCAGGAAUUAGUUUAUCGUACAAAAAACGGGAAACAGCCUAGAAGCAGUACCAAGCGCAAGUUGUCUGAUGAUCUGUGUCCAGUAGAACCCAAGAAAACCAAACGAUCAGGAGAAAUGUGUGCCUUCAAUAAAGUUCUAGCUCACUUUGUCGCUAUGUGUGAUACAAAUAUGCCAUUUGUAGGACUUCGGUUGGAGCUGUCCAAUCUGGAGAUUCCACAUCAAGGAGUGCAAAUGGAAGGUGAUGGCUUCAGUCACGCGAUUCGCUUAUUGAAAAUUCCUCCCUGUAAGGGUGUAAAUGAGGAAACCCAAAAGGCUCUGGACCGCUCUCUUCUCGACUGCACUUUCCGAUUACAAGGUAGAAAUAACCGCACCUGGGUGGCAGAGUUAGUGUUUGCAAAUUGUCCACUUAAUGGCACUUCUACCAGGGAGCAAGGACCAUCCCGGCAUGUUUAUCUGACAUAUGAAAACCUGUUGUCUGAACCUGUUGGUGGUAGAAAAGUGGUUGAAAUGUUCCUUAAUGACUGGAAUAGCAUUGCACGAUUAUAUGAGUGUGUGUUGGAAUUUGCACGUUCUCUACCAGACAUACCCACUCAUCUAAACAUUUUCUCAGAAGUUCGUGUUUAUAAUUACCGAAAACUUAUCUUGUGUUAUGGAACCACCAAGGGAAGUUCAAUUAGUAUCCAGUGGAAUUCCAUACAUCAGAAAUUUCACAUUUCUUUGGGAACUGUUGGUCCAAACUCAGGAUGCAGUAACUGUCACAAUACCAUUCUCCAUCAGCUUCAAGAAAUGUUCAACAAAACACCAAAUGUGGUUCAGUUAUUACAGGUACUGUUUGAUACUCAGGCUCCAUUGAAUGCCAUCAACAAACUGCCCACUGUGCCGAUGUUGGGCUUGACCCAGAGAACCAACACUGCCUACCAGUGCUUCUCCAUCCUGCCGCAGUCGUCCACCCACAUCAGACUGGCCUUCAGGAACAUGUAUUGCAUUGAUAUAUACUGCCGGAGUCGAGGCGUUGUGGCAAUACGCGAUGGGGCCUAUAGUCUUUUUGAUAAUAGCAAGUUAGUUGAAGGUUUUUAUCCUGCACCAGGGCUCAAGACAUUCCUGAAUAUGUUUGUUGACAGCAAUCAGGAUGCUCGAAGAAGGUCUGUAAAUGAGGACGAUAAUCCCCCUUCUCCCAUUGGAGGAGAUAUGAUGGAUUCUUUAAUCUCACAACUCCAGCCACCACCCCAGCAACAGCCAUUUCCAAAGCAGCCAGGAUCAUCAGGCGCUUAUCCUCUAACUUCGCCCCCUACAUCUUAUCACAGCACAGUUAACCAGUCUCCCUCUAUGAUGCACACACAGUCUCCAGGAAAUCUGCAUGCCGCCAGCUCCCCCAGUGGGGCUUUGAGAGCCCCAUCACCAGCAUCAUUUGUUCCAACUCCUCCCCCUUCCUCGCAUGGAAUCUCAAUAGGACCAGGGGCCAGUUUUGCUAGUCCACAUGGAACCCUGGACCCUAGUUCUCCAUACACUAUGGUGUCACCAAGUGGACGAGCAGGGAACUGGCCAGGGUCUCCUCAAGUGUCUGGCCCCUCACCAGCAACACGCAUGCCUGGGAUGUCACCAGCCAACCCAUCACUACAUUCUCCAGUUCCAGAUGCUUCUCAUUCCCCUCGAGCUGGAACAAGUUCCCAGACGAUGCCCACAAACAUGCCUCCACCUCGUAAACUACCUCAGCGCUCCUGGGCGGCCUCCAUCCCUACCAUCCUCACUCACAGUGCCUUGAAUAUUUUACUGCUGCCCUCUCCAACGCCAGGCCUCGUGCCCGGCCUAGCAGGUAGUUACCUUUGUUCUCCGCUUGAGAGAUUCCUUGGAUCCGUCAUCAUGAGACGACACCUUCAAAGAAUUAUUCAACAAGAAACGCUACAGCUGAUAAAUUCCAAUGAACCCGGAGUGAUCAUGUUUAAGACUGAUGCGCUGAAAUGCAGAGUAGCCCUUAGUCCCAAAACCAACCAAACACUUCAGCUAAAAGUGACACCCGAAAAUGCAGGACAGUGGAAACCUGAUGAACUUCAAGUUUUAGAGAAAUUCUUUGAAACAAGAGUUGCAGGACCGCCAUUUAAAGCCAAUACAUUAAUAGCUUUCACCAAGCUGUUAGGAGCUCCUACACACAUCCUCAGGGACUGUGUGCAUAUUAUGAAGCUAGAGUUGUUUCCUGACCAGGCAACACAGCUAAAAUGGAACGUUCAGUUUUGCCUGACGAUCCCUCCCAGUGCACCGCCAAUUGCACCUCCUGGGACACCUGCUGUGGUGCUGAAAUCCAAAAUGCUAUUUUUUCUUCAGCUAACUCAGAAAACAUCGGUCCCUCCCCAAGAACCUGUUAGUAUUAUAGUUCCAAUCAUUUAUGACAUGGCUUCAGGUACCACCCAGCAGGCAGACAUUCCCAGACAGCAGAACUCUUCUGUUGCUGCUCCCAUGAUGGUCAGCAACAUUCUGAAGAGGUUUGCAGAGAUGAACCCACCACGACAAGGUGAAUGCACAAUAUUUGCAGCUGUUCGUGAUUUAAUGGCUAAUCUUACACUGCCCCCUGGUGGGCGUCCAUAGACACUAUUGUUUUUAAACCAGGAAAGCUGACAAAAGAGACAAAACAACAAAAAAAAAAAUCUGAAUUCAGCCUUCAGUUUAAAAAAGCAAAAGGACUUUUUUGACUUUAAGAGCUGAAUAUUCUAAAGUGGCAAAAAUUUUCAGGGUGCACUUCUUUCAUCAAAAAGACCAUCAAUCUUUUGUAUAGUGAACUUGUAUAGUGUGUUUAAGUGGGACACAUUUCAAACUAGGUAAUACAUCAGUGUCCGUUUGCCAGUAAUAGAUUUAAUAUUCUGUUUUAUACUAUAAAGUUAUGGAAAUGCCAAACUUGUUUAUUUAAUUGUUUUCUUAUGUUUUGGGUGUAAUAGUCCUUUUUUGGUUUUUGUUUUGUUUUUUAAGGCAGGCCUGUCAUUUUUGAAUACUGUAAAACUGUGAUAAACUUUAUAUUGAAGCUGUAUUUUAAUAUGACCGCUUUGAAUCCUUACAUGAAAAUGUUCUGGGAGUUGUUAUAAACACAUCCCAAAGAAGCAAUAUUUAAUAAAACUAGGCUAAAAAAAGUGACACUCACUUGUGUGUAUAUCAGCUCUGUAGACUUCUCAGGGCCUCCCUUCAUCUUUAACCUGGUGGGGCCAGUAAUUAAUUUCUAAUAAUACAUGUCUGAAAUUUGACCAAAACAUCUGCUUCUUUGUUUCAAGGUUAAUUUAUUUUCUUUAAACAUUCCUAAUUUGACUGGUGGUUAACACUUAAGACCUUGGUUGUCUUUCAGUGUAGGAUUUGGGUAAAAAAGAAAGAACCCAAUCUUUGAGAACAGACAGUGAGUAGUUCAUAUUGAUCAAGGAUCCCAAAUACUGCAGUCAUUCUCUGUUGAGGAUGUGGGAACUUUUCUGUUAGGCAAAUUUAGUUUACAGGAUACUUCUGCAUACAGCAUUAAUUAGGAAACCAAGAACUUGAAUGCUCUACCCUUGCAUGAAAUUUCUGUGACGUUUCUUUAUCUUGAUUAACUUCUCCCCCUUGCCUUCCCCACCAAAACUGGGGUGGUUCUAAACAAUCCCAAUUUAAUUUAUUGUCAACAAAAUGAUAAAAUGUUUUACCUGGAAGAAACCUGGUGCAGUCCACUCACUUGGAAGAAUCCAAGACCCAGGGUCUGUCCAGGGUCAAAUGGAGUUUCUGUUACACAUCUCAGCAGAGUUUCUGUUUGGAGCACUGUGCUGUCUCUCCCAGUCAGUCGGGAACUUUUUUAAGCUUCAAAGAACAUGAUCCAAAGCAAAGGUCUUCUGGAGACUUGAUGUUAUUUGGGAAAGUUUUUUAAAUGGUAAUACCAUGCUGAGUUAUCUGAUCACUGUAAUACUGGUUCUCCAUGAAAUUUUAGAUGCUUUAUCUAAUUCUACUUUAAGAUGAUUUAAUUGAGCUUCUGUGACUAUCAACUACCAAAUUCUAGUUUCAAGCAUCUCAUUGCAGUUAAUAUCUGUUCUCAACUUUGCUUGAUUCUCCAUUCAUUUCUGGUCAGAAUUGAGGCCUUCUUUGCCUUUCUUCUAUGUCUUAUUUCUGCCUUCAUCUCCUGCUUCUCACCCAACUCUGCCACUAUGCAGAAGCAGGUGACUAAACUUUUAUCCUUCCCUUAACUUACCUUUUAUCCUUCUGUUUUUGGUUCACCUUACAAUGGUAAUCACAUCAGUUUGGCAGUCUGAGAUGUCUUUAUCAAGGGUCAGCCCUUUCCUAUUUGGAGCUGAAUCCUUUCUUUCAUGUAGAAAUCUACAUGUAUAUACAAGAAAUGUAUUUUUAUCUGCAGGAUAAUAUUGUCUCAAAUAAUUUUAUUAAUAGAGUUAAAUUUUCAGGCAUUUUCCCUUUUAAGUGUGGUUUUGAAAUAUUAAUUGCAUUUUUAAACAUGAUGCAUUCAGUGGAUACUUUUUUCCUUAUUAUAAGUCAUCUCUGAAUGCGUUGUGCAAAUCAAAAGAUAGGAUUCAGUGAACAGAAUUUGCUUUUGAUGCUUAUGAAGAGAAAACCCAUGGAUGUGAAUUUUGAUAUCACGCUUGAUACUUGGAAUUGGUGCAUACUUCGUUACAGCUGGAAAACACUUAGCAUUUGAAUCUUAGGUUUCAUCACAAACUAUGUCUUUUGCCUCUUUUGUUAACCGAGUUCCAUCAAAGGGACUGGAUGCCCAUAGGGAUUUUGCCUAAUAGGUGGUUUGGGUCUUUAGUGUGUUUCAAUGUGACUUUAGAAAUUUCAGUAAUAAAU